CCUGGACGGGGGGGCAAGCGUUUCCUGCUGCACAGCUGAAUUCCUGGAUAGAUUCUCCCUUUUUAUUUCUCUCCUCCCUAGUCCCUCCUUCUUAAUCCAGGGUUUCCUUAUUCCUGUUCUCCUCGCUAUCCUAUCCUAUCCCGGGGUUAUUAAGGAGAGAGCUGAGGAUUAAUUCUCGAUUUUCCGAUGAUGGAAGAGGCGGCGGAGAAGCGGACGCGGCGGCAGAGCCAGGCGGAGAAACCCUACAGGGGGAUUCGCAUGAGGAAGUGGGGGAAAUGGGUGGCGGAGAUUCGCGAGCCCAAUAAACGCUCCCGGAUUUGGCUCGGUUCUUACUCCUCCCCCGUCGCCGCCGCUAGGGCUUACGACACCGCCGUUUUCUAUCUCCGCGGCCCCACCGCCCGCCUCAACUUCCCCGAGUUUUUCGCCCACGACGAUCGCCUCCCCGACCUCUCCGCCGCCGAUAUCCGCAAGAAGGCCACCGAAGUCGGCGCUAGGGUUGACGCCCUCCAAACCGCCCUCCACGCGCCGCUCAAACCCGACCGGAACCCGGCCCAAACCCGCUUGAAACCCGACUUGAACCAGUACCCCAGCUCCGACGAAGACAACUGAAGCAAUUUUCCGGCCGCCGUACACCCAUGAUGUUUUAAUUCCCGGUAUAAUCCGAAGGGAUUAUAUGUUCAUAGUUUAAUUACCUUUUCAAGUAGUUGUUUAAAUUAUAUAAUCAAUCAACAAAAAAAAAAUUACUCCGUACUAUACAUACAACAAUCCAAAUAUAUUCAGUUAUCUUCUUUGCUAUUUAA